GAACAAUUAUUGUAGUUAUGGAGAGAAGUACAUAGAGUAUGGAGAGAAGUCGCAAUUUCUUGGAAAAUUUUCUGAGAGGUUAUUUGGUUGCUAAUUGAAAAAUAAAUAAUCUGCCAGGUAACCUAUCAGAAUUUUUUGCGACUAAUGAUACUGGACGAACAGUAAUUCCACGAAUAAUCUAAGAAAUUCCCACGAAAAAUCCGCCCAUCAAAAAAUCCCAAAAAAACAUUUCAAAAAAUUCCAAAAACUACUCGUAUCCUAUCACCAUGGCAACCACCAAUCUCACUUUCCCCCCUGCUCCCGCUGGACAAUCCCGCCUCUUCUCCUUUCUUUUCACUCUCUUGUCCAGUGUGCAGUGGAGAAACUCCACUCUUCCUCCUCUCCAAUUAAUUUAAAUUAAAACACCCAACGAGAUGGUGGAGUUCAUGACCAACUGGUACAUCACGGCCACGCUGGGCGAGGGGGCCUUCGGAGAGUGAGUCCAUCCCCCCACUAAUAAUUGUAUAGUAAGUUAUGGACAGCAGAUCUGAAUAGUUGGCCUCGCUGCUCAGGAUUCGGAAUAACUUUAUAGUCAUCGCCCCCAAAAUGAUACGAGCACACUCCAGCGUUUUGAAGUUUUGGGUCGGUUGCAGCCAAGGGCGUCCCAGUUGCCAUUAUCCAGAUUUUUCGCGAAAGUAUGUCAGUCGGAAACCCAUGUACCAUGCAAUUUGCACCUUUUCCGUAUGGGUCGGGACAACCCAAAAUAAGACACCUUCGUGGCAUAUUUAUUUUUUUAAUGAUAAAGUUGUGCGAGAAAGAGAGUGGGUCGAAAUUAUUGCAGUGUUUGCAAUUUUAUGCAAUAUUUCUACAAUUUCUCAUCGGAUUUCAUAUUUGUUACCAUUUCCAGUGACCUACCAACACAUCGCAACCACUCAAAAAUCCAAGUUUCCCAAACUCUUAAAAAGUUCAAUUUUUAAAAAAAAUAAUGUCACCUGUCAGCACCUGGUAUACUUCUCUCCAUAACUACAAUAAUUGUUCACCGCCUUGUUCUUCACUUCCACUGUUCAUAUAAAUACUCAUUUGACCUGUGGUCUUGCUAAGAAUUGCAAUAGUUCAAUCGUAUUCGUACGUCACUUUGCAAAAAUGAAGUUGAGAAUAGUGUUCGUUUUUGUGGUUCUGCUAAUGGCGGAAACAAAUUCUGAAAACAUUUUAUUUUAUUGGGGGGUGAGCGGGUACAGCCACCGCAUUUCUGUUUGGGGGCUCAUUGACAAAUUAGUUGAAAAGGGUCACAAGGUCACUUUCAUCUCUCCAUAUGAAGCCAAAGUCCCUUACUUCCACCCCAACAUCACGGACAUUGUGCCCAUGAACCUGGCCGAGGACGUCGGUAUCAUCCGGAUAGAUUUCAUAUCAAUGCGAUUGAAGAACGGCGUCCAGGCAAUUGACGACCUUUGGUACGAGUAUUACGACGCCGGAAUUCGUGGCUGCAAGUCCCUAAUGCAAAAUGAGCAAGUGCUGAAGUGGAUAAAUGAGUCCUCCUAUGACCUCGUCAUUUUGAACGCUUUGUACAACGAUUGUGGGUACGGAUUGGUGCACAAGUUUCAAGCUCCCCACAUUAUGUACACAACCACCACGCACUUUCCCUGGUUUAAGGAUGCGUACGGCUUUCCGGAUGAGAAUCUUCCAGAAAUGGAGUUCCAUUACCCCCUCGAGAUGACCUUUGUGCAGAGCAUUCGAAAUCUCGUGUCUGGGCUGUACUGGCAAUGGAAACGACACACCGAGCUAUUUCCCAUUCUUGAACCUUUGCUGAGGUCUGCCUUGAAAAUUCCUGAUCUUCCACCCCUCCACGAAAUUGAGAUGAACACAAGUCUCAUUUUCACAAACACGCAUCCAAGUGAAGAGUUCCCACGAUCUUUGCCUCCCAAUGUUGUUGAAAUUGGUGGAAUACAUUGCAGCGAUGAUCGAAAACCAUUACCUCAGGAUUUAGAGGAUUUCAUAGCGUCUGGUGACAACGGAUUUAUUCUCCUCAGUUUCGGGACAUUUGCUGCAAUUAAUAAUUUACCCAUCCAUUUGCAGCAUGUGUUUUUCAACGCAAUGAAAGCUGUGCCCAAAUAUCAAUUUCUUGUCAAGUACAAUCAAGACCGUCCAGAUUGGGUUCCGAAAAAUGUGCACACUUUAAAAUGGGUUCAACAGCAAGAUUUGAUUGCUCACCCCAAAAUUCGAGCGUUUAUCGGACAUGGAGGACUGCUAAGCACUCAAGAAGCAAUCUUUCAUGGAGUACCGAUGAUUAUAGUGCCACUGUUUGCUGAGCAGGAUUAUCAAGCAGUACGCGCCAAUGAUAGGGAAACUGCAAUUGCUCUCGAAAUUGCUGAAUUAACAGAGGAAAAAUUACUGAAUGCUAUUUUGGAAGUCACAAGUAAUCCCAAGUACAAAACCAACACGAUGAGAUUGUCCAAGUUUUUCAGGGAUCGUCAAAACCAACCUUUAGAGUCUGCAAUUUGGUGGGUCGAAUAUGUAAUGAGACACAAAGACAUUUCGCAUCUGCGGCCCGUUGGAAUCACCAAAAGCUGGUAUGAGAGAAGAAUGCUACACAUUUGGGGAUUUCUGGCCAUCUCUCUGCUAUGUUUUCUUGCAAUAGCACUGUAUUUUACAAUAGCUGUUUUGAAAAUGAUGACGAAAACGAUAACUAAGAAUAAGCAAGAAUAAAUUUCAUAUGCCCUAAUGCCACAUAA